UCUCUCUGUUCAGCUCAUUCUUCAGCAGUCAGUGUUGCUCUCAUUCAAAUGGGAACCGAGGAUAAAAUAGUGAGCUGGAUCUGUCGCUUAACAGUCAUUACGGCUUUUUUCUUGGUUGGGAUUGUUAUAGGUUGGUUUGUUCGAACUACUCAUGUCAAUCAUGGACAAACAUCUAAAAGUUUCCUGCGUGACUUGCUGGAUGAAAUGCAGGCAGAGAAUAUUAAACAACAUCUCAGAAAGUUCACGCGACUGCCCCAUCUGGCGGGGUCGCAGCAGAAUCUCAUCCUGGCCGAGCAGAUCCGAGAUGAGUGGAUGAAGUUCGGGCUGGACUUAGUGCAGCUUGUACCGUAUGAUGUUCUGCUGUCGUACCCCAAUAAAACAAACCCCAAUUACAUCUCCAUAGUGGACCAUGUGGGCAAUGAGAUCUUCAACACCUCUCUAGCUGAACCUGUUCCUGAAGGUUAUGAACACGUGAAAGAUAUCGUCCCUCCGUACAACGCUUUCUCUGCCAAAGGACAACCAGAGGGUGAUCUGGUGUAUGUGAAUUAUGGACGGACGGAGGAUUUCUUUAAACUGGACAGAGAUCUGGGGAUUAACUGUACUGGAAAAAUCGUCAUCGCUCGAUACGGCAAAAUCUUCCGUGGAAACAAGGUGAAGAAUGCGAUGUUAGCGGGAGCGAAAGGCAUCAUUCUGUACUCGGACCCUAAGGAUUAUUGUGCCGAGGGUGUAGAGCCGUACCCGAAAGGCUGGAAUCUACCAGGAGGGGGUGCUCAGAGAGGAAACGUACUUAACCUGAAUGGAGCGGGAGACCCUCUCACACCCGGAUACCCCGCUAAAGAAUACACCUACAGAUAUCCGGCAGAGGACGGCGUGGGCUUACCCAAGAUUCCAGUCCAUCCCAUUGGAUAUCAUGAUGCCAUUCAACUGCUGAAGAAUAUGGGGGGACCUGAUCCUCCUGAUAACUGGAAGGGUGCUCUUAACAUCUCGUACCGGAUUGGACCAGGAUUCACGGCUGGCAUUGAACAGAAUAAAGUGCGUAUGAACGUCCACACCAACAAUCAGGUGACCCGCAUCUACAAUGUGAUUGGCUGGUUGAGAGGAGCUGUGGAGCCAGACAGGUACAUCAUUCUGGGCGGUCAUCGGGAUGCAUGGGUGUUUGGAGGGAUUGAUCCUGUAUCAGGAGCUGCUGUGGUUCAUGAGACUGUGAGAGCAGCUGGAAAACUCAUGAGCAGAGGUUGGAGACCGAGAAGAACGGUGAUCUUUGCCAGCUGGGACGCGGAAGAGUUUGGUCUGCUGGGAUCAACAGAGUGGGCAGAAGAUAAUGCCAGAAUACUGCAGGAGCGAGCAGUCGCUUACAUCAAUGCUGACUCUGCCAUUGAGGGUAUGUACACACUGAGGGUUGACUGCACCCCCUCUCUACACAAUAUUGUGUAUGACAUCACCAAGAAGGUAACGAGUCCAGAGGUCGGAGAGGAGAAAAUGAGUCUAUAUGAGAGCUGGCACAAGAGAGACAACUGGACCGAACAAAAUCUACCUCGGAUCAGUAAACUGGGUUCUGGAAGUGAUUUUGAAGCAUAUUUCAUCAGAUUAGGUAUUGCGUCUGGAAGGGCAAGAUACACCAAAAACAGCAAGACAGAGCGCUACAGCAGUUAUCCCGUCUACCACAGUGUCUAUGAGACCUAUGAGAUAGUGGAGCGUUUCUAUGACCCGGGUUUCCGCAGGCUGGAGGCUGUGGCCCGUGUCAGGGGUGGACUCAUCUUCAGUUUGGCUGACUCUGUGAUUCUUCCUCUAAACUGCGAGGAAUACGCCUCAUCUCUUAACAGAUACGCCAACAGCAUAUACCAGCUGGCACACAAACAUCCUGAUGCCAUGAAACAGUACCACAUGUCAUUCGACUCUCUCUUCUCUGCGGUUGGGAACUUCACAGACGCGGCACGAGAUAUUCACCAGCGGUUAACUCAUCUGGACACUUCUGAUGCUCUGGCUGUGCGGAUGAUAAAUGAUCAGCUCAUGUAUUUAGAGAGAGCUUUCAUUGACCCGCUGGGUCUACCUGGAAGGCCAUUCUACAGGCAUAUCAUUUUUGCUCCCAGCAGUCACAAUAAAUAUGCGGGCGAGUCUUUUCCCGGGAUCUACGAUGCUCUAUUUGACAUUGAGAAUGCAGCGGAGCCGCACAAGUCCUGGGAAGAGGUCAAACGACAGAUCAGCAUCGCUGCCUUCACCGUCAACGCAGCGGCCGUCACCCUGAUGCCUGUCAUCUGACCUUCAGCUCCUCAAAAUAAAUUUCUAGGAAAAAAUACACAUCGUGCAACAUUUUACAUCUGAGUAGUUGCGCAUUCUGCACAUUUUAUAACUGACUAGACAAGAGUGAUACAUGCGAUUGUGUUGAUCCGAUUCACAUGAUUUGUAAAUGAGCUGCACUGUUUUGAACCUUUAAAAAUAUGACUACAUAAUUUGAGCAUUUACUUAACGUAGCAAAUAAACUGACCUGAAGUUAGACUGAAUAACAGACAGAAACGCAUGUGAGAGUAUCAGUGCAAUAAUUUAAUGUUUCAAGUAACAUGCGAUAUGGCCCAUGAGACAAGCACAUUGAUACUAAAGUGAUCUAUGACCGACAGCGGAUUGAUUUCCAUUGGCCCCACGAGACAGACAUUGUCUCUCGGACAUCUCUUGCUCGGUUUAUACUGCUGUUGAGUACAUUCACAAAACAAAAGUUUCCAGUCAGACUGGAGGGGAAUUUAAGACAGACUUGGCCAAAAGUAUUGGCAGUGACGUAAAUGUUGUUUUGCAAAGUUUGCUGCUUGUAGAUUAUUUUUCCACAUGUUUCUAUGGAAUGCUGGAUAUCUUAAAUUAGCAUAUCUUACGUUUUAAAGACGUUUAUUGGCUUAUUUACAGUGUUGGGCCUUGUUUUUCAUAACCUCUGGAAGAUAUAAGCUUCUGGGCCAAAUCCUGACUGAUGGUGAACCUUUCUUGCCUUGUUAGUGCUCUGAGAUGAUCACAAUUUUUGGGCUUCUGCUUGUCCACUCGCUUUUUGAGUUCUCUAUAUGGGAUUGACAUCUGUGGCAUUGCUUUUUUGCAAUUAUUUAAAAUGCAUUGGAUCUCUCUGCAUAGUAAUCUAUAAACAAUGUGAAUGAACACCACAACAGCUUAAGCAGAAACUUUGCAAAACACAGUAUUGGAAGUAUGUCACUACCAAUACUUCUUGUAAUCUGACUGAAGCUGGAUUGAAGUUUCUGUUGCUAAACAAAGUGUCUAAAUCUAAAAUCUACUGUGUAAAGUAAUACACACAAAACUCAGUAAGAACAAGCAUGGUUUGUGUAAAUAAUAAUGCAGAAUUACCGUCAUAUAAUAAUAAUGACGUUUACGGUUGCGUAGCUCAUGAAAUCAGCUGUAUGACAUUAAACCAGCUGUACAUCUGGACUCACGUGACAUGAAAUACAUCAUCCACCCUUAAUAAGUACAGUAAAGCUAUAGUAAGGGAAUAGUUUACCUAAAAAUGUUUUCCUCAUUUAUUCACCCUCACGU